AUGCUCGCCCGCCACUCCUUUUUUACACGCUAUAAUGCUUCUCUGCUCGGAAACCAGGCAUUUACACGCAAAUCUUCUACUCUGCUAAAAAGUAGCGUCAAUCAACCUAUCAUAGACCUACUGAACAAACACCGGGAAGUUGAGCAAAACAAGCCGGCAUCCAAUAUUUUCAGAAUACAGGCAUACGACAACGCUAUCCUCGCCAUCUCGCAACUUCAAAUACCAAUUCGCUCUGCCAAUGAUGUUCUUAAAGUUCAAGGCAUAGGACCCGGUAUUGCUGCUAGAAUCAACGAACAUUUUCUGAAGGAUCAAACUUUGUCAGAAAUUGACCCACCACUUUAUCAAGAAAUGCUGAAAGCUCGUGCUAUGAAGGAGAUUAGCGCUUUACCUGGAAUCGGGUCUGCUACCGCCAAAAAGCUUGUUGAGGCAGGUUGCAUGUAUCCAGAAGACCUAAAGCUCCCACAAUUCUCGUCUAUGUUGAGUUCCAAACAACUUGCCAAAAUAAAAUAUUCCGAUUCCUCUACUCCAAUUCAACGGCAGGAUGCUCAGGAUGUCUUGAUUAUGGUCACCCAUCCACAUUUUGUUCACGUUCCACUGCCUACGACCCCACCUCCCGAUAGCAAUGCAUCACCAACCAAAAGACCGCGAAGCAAAACCAAAAAGGUUGACGAAAAUCCAAACCCACUCCAUACCUCUAUCAUUCCUGCCUUGCAACAACGUGGCCUUAUCGCAGAAACUUUUACUAGUACCACUAAAUCAUGGGAAGGCAUCAUUCGUUUGCCAGGUCCACAAAGCAAUUGGGGAUCCAUUGCAGACCGUAUUGCAGCUAUCAACAACACUCAAGGAUCGUUCAAGAAAAUGAAAAUCCAUAUCGUUUCUCAAAAGUCUCGAGCUGCCUCGCUCAUCUGCCUUACUGGGGAUGGCGAUUUCGAAAAAGAUAUAUGCUAUCGAGCGCGACACCGAAACAUGCUAUUUAACGAAUAUGGUCUCUGGAAAUGGACACUAUCACCUUUGGAAGCGACACCUACACUCAUGCCCGCAUCUACCUCAGCCCCCACUAGUACCGAUUCUAACAGUACUACAAACGACACCCACAGCUUUUGGUCGUUGGUUAACUGUUCCACAGAGGAAGACAUCUUUAAGCAGUUGGGCAUGGAGUCCAUUGACCCGACUAGAAGAAAUUUCUCUUUCAUCAACUCGAAACCGCGUAAAAAACGGACUAGUGUUCCUCCUUCAACAUAUUGA